AUGUCAGCGGUCGCCUCUAUCCGCGCUGAAUGGCGUGCUAUUAGCAUCUGCCUAUUCAUUACAAUUGCAGCCUUCCAAUUCGGAUUUGACUCUUCUUAUUACUCCGGUAUUCUGGCUAUGGAGCCUUUCAUCAAGGCAUAUGGCCACUAUGACACCACAGUGGGAGGCUAUGUCCUCAGCUCGAGCAUACAAUCCCUGACGACUAGUAUCAUCAAUGUCGGCGAGUUUGCGGGUGCUAUUUCAUCCUUUUUGGUAGACAACAAAUUUGGUCGUCGUGGAGGACUGUACGUGUCGAGUGCCUUUGUGGCUAUCGGUACCAUUUUCCAGGUCGCUGCUGAUAAUCUGGGGUUAUUGAUUACCGGACGAUUGCUCCUAGGCUACGCGGUGGGACUAAUUUCUUGCCUGGUACCUUUAUACGUCGCAGAUUGUGCCCCAGCCCUAUUCCGCGGCGCUCUUGUGUCUCUGUAUCAGUUCAACGUCGGCCUCGGACUGUUGCUCGGAGUGAUUGUGGAUAACUCUACCAAAGACCGCAAUGACAGCGGGGCGUACCGCAUUCCAAUGGCAGUGCAGCUUAUUUUCCCGGUCAUUUUGGUUCCAGGCCUACUCACCUUUGCGCCAGAGUCCCCUCGCUGGCUAUUGUCGCGAGGGAAGAUUGAAAAAGCAAGGGAAUCUCUUCUACGGCUGCGGGGUGAUCGUCCGGAUAUCAUUGAAAGUGAGAUGACGUACCUGAGCGGGCUUGUUGAAGAUGAGCGGCGUGUCGAGGGUUCUUGGGGAGACUUGCUGAAGUGGAAUGUUGACGGCCGCAAAGCUUAUCUUGGAAUCGCGCUUCAAGCAUGGCAACAGGGCUCUGGCAUCAAUUUUAUCACAAGCUACGGCAUCAUUUUCUUCAGCGCUAUUGGAAUAACAAACUCAUUCCUAAUCCAGAUGGGUCUCUACCUAGCCCCAAUGCCAGCUGUAUGGCUCAACCAGUACUGCGUUGAGCGCUUUGGCCGUCGUUUAAUGCUGCUCUUGUCAUGCAGUAUGGUUGCUGCCGUGUUGCUGAUCGUCGGCGGAGCUGGAACCGCUCCCUCUAAGAGUUUAGCACUGGAUCGAACCAUUGUGGGCAUGGUCUACAUAUUCAUGAUAGUAUUUAACCUUGCCUUAGGACCUGCUGUCUGGGUUGUGACUUCGGAGAUCUCCACUGGGUCAAACCGUGGUAAACUAAUGGCGACAUCGACCGCGACCAAUUGGUUUUGCAGCUGGAUGGUCACUUUCACCUUCCCAUAUUUGUUCAAUGCGGAUGCUGCCGGCCUCAGUGCCCGAGUUGGGUUUAUUUAUGGUUCCCUGAUGAUUGCAGCAGCCGUCUGGGUGUUUUUCUUCCUCCCGGAAACAUCGGGCCGGACGCUCGAAGAGAUCCAGAUUCUGUUUCAAAACGGUGUGCCAGCUCGCCAGUUCAAGGCUUAUCAAAUCGAGUCACCCACGCCAACUACUUUGGAAGAGAAGGAAAUGGCCUAUGUUACCGAAGCUUAA